GGUUUCCAAUAAAAACAUCGCGCCGUUAACGCUCGGUUAACAGAGCUGCAGAGGAGCGCGAGCGCAGGAGAGCUUCACUUCCGACUCGGAGAGCUCGCAGUAACGCAGACGCGCAGCGGAAUCAUGGCGGAGGGCGAUAAUAAAAGCGCUAACCUAUUGGCUCAGGAGACGUCUCAGCUGGAGGAGCAGCUGCAGGGAUGGGGCGAGGUCAUCUUAGCCGGAGAUCACUUCCUGCGCUGGGAGAAGCCCUGGUUCCCCGCCGUGCUGGUGGGCAGCACCACCCUGCUCUUCCUACUCAUCCACUACCUGGACCCGUCUGUGCUGACCGGACUGUCCUGCACCGUCAUGGUUCUGUGUCUGGCUGAUUACCUGGUGCCCACCCUCGCCCCGCGCAUCUUCGGCUCCAACAAAUGGACCACGGAGCAGCAGCAGCGCUUCCAUCAGAUCUGCGGGAACCUGGUGAAGACGCAGCGGCGCGUGCUGGGGUGGUGGAAACGCCUGUUUGCCCUCAAGGAGGAGAAGCCCAAGAUGUACUUCCUGUCGGUGAUCAGCACUCUGGUGGUCGUGGCCUGGAUCGGACAGCAGGUCCAUAACCUCUUCCUGACGUACCUGAUCGUGAACUUCCUGCUGCUGCUCCCCGGCAUGAACCAGCACGGCAUCAUCAGCAAGUACGCUGGCAUGGUCAAGAGGGAGGUCAACAAACUGCUCAAGCAGAAGGAGAAGAAGAACGAGUGAAAGGAGGAGGAGGAUGAUCAUGCUGAUGAUCAUGCUGAUGAUCAUGCUGAUGAUGAUGAUGAGAAUUGAGUAGGAGUAAUGAAAGUUAAAUUUGCCCCGUAUAGCAUUCAAACAAUAACUCAGACCACUAAAGUACUUCAGGCAAAGCAGAAUAAAUAUAAAAAUAGAUAUCUAAAAACUAGAUUUAGGCUUACGCAGGAGCACGUUGACUCCUCCCCCAUUUCACCCUGAAUAUUUGAUCACACCGACGUGUUCGUGGUGUGACAGUGCUUCAAACCGUACGCUGCUUUAAAGCCGUUCCCUUUUUAUAAUUCAUUAAGGCUAAGCAUACAUGAAACGUAGAUGUGCUUUUUUUAAUGCUCGAGAACGUGAGCAGAAAUCGGACUCGGGAGUGUUUUUGUUUUUUUGGUUUUUUGUUUUUUUGUUUUUGUUUUUGAAAACUGCACUGAAACCACCACAGGAGAAACUGGAGCGUUGUGAAGCUGUGCGUCGGAGCCCCAAGACCUCACACCUGAGGGAUACAGUCAUACUGCUGUGUUUUAAUCUCUCUCUCUCUCUCUCUCUCUCUCUCUCUCUCUCUCUCUCUCUGUGUCUCUCUGUCUCUCGCUAUCCCCCCCGCCGAAGCCCUCCGCUCCUGCUGGAGGGUCGCCGCUGUAGAUACAUACGUGUCCUCUUUCCUCCUGCGUGUGUGUGUGUCAUGUCCGUGUAAACGUGUGCACUUUCCUCCGGCUCUCCGUGAAGCCGCGACGCGUCUGCAUUUCAGCCUCUCUUUUCAGUUCAUAAUAAAUAAUAAUAAAGAACUGCUCGGA